AUGGAGGAGGGUACAGAUAAGACUUCUGGCAAUGGCCUGACGGCAAACAGAAGAAAGAGAUUGAGAAAGAAGUUGUCAUACUUACAGAAGAAGUCACAGACGUUGGGGAUGCAGUCUCCAGACCAGGCUGAACAACAAGACAAAGAAAAGGAUGGUGAAGAUGAAGAUGAAGAAGUAGUCAAGGACGAAGAUAAUGAAGAAGAUAACGAUGAGCCAGCAUUAGUAGAACAAGAUGUAGUACCACAGCGGCAAUCAGAAGAACGACAGCAAGAGGAUGUUCAUCCUCAACAACCACUGAAGAAACAAAAGAAACAAAAUAAUGAUCAACAACAACAACAACGACGACCAUCAUGGCCUAAACAGAUAAUUGCCAACUCUCCUGCAAGUGUUGGGGAACUGUCUCCAGUGGUCAAACAUCUCGUCAAGUCACAACAAGCAAUACUUGAGAUGCAACAAAGAUUUGAAUUGGAGAGGACAAUGCAGAACGAUCAUGAGAUAAGCAAAGAGAUUGGAAAGUACUUCUACAAGAGACAUACUCUAUUCACCAAGUUUGAUGAGGGUAUACUGUUAGACAAGGAGUCAUGGUUCUCGGUUACCCCAGAGAAGAUUGCCAUUCAUAUUGCAGAGCGCAUGAAGUGCCACACAGUGUUUGAUCCAUUCUGUGGCUCUGGCGGCAAUGUUAUAGCACUCGCAGGCACAUGUACCAAUGUCAUAGCGGCUGACUUGGACGUUAACAAACUUCUUAUGGCACAACACAACGCUUCUAUUUACAAGGUGCAGGACAGGAUCAGCUUUAUCAAUGCGGACUUUAUGCAUUUUGGCCCGAGCAUUCAGGGUAUACGCCACGUGGAUGCGGUGUUCCUGUCGCCGCCAUGGGGCGGACCAUCUUACCUCUAUCAACAGUCUGUCAAACUGUCCGACUUCAAGCCUGAUGGAUUUGAGAUCUUCCGCCAUGCAUUGAACAUCACUCCAAACAUUGCCUACUUCCUGCCAAAGAAUACCGACAACAUGGACAUUGCCAAACUGACACUGAUGUCCAAACAGCAUGGUGGAAGUGAUCAUUGUGAGGUUGAAGAGAACUACCUUAAUGGCAACUUUAAGACCAUCACCAUUUACUUUGGUAAUCUCAUUCGGAUGAAGUGA